AUGGCGGCUACAAACUCAAUCGAGGAGUUAUUAUCGUCGGAGGUGGAUGAAAACGAAGUAAGUGCCUUAGUUGGGUCUCUUGAGUCGAGGCUGGCCUCGCCUACUCACAAAGAAUCGUCCCAAGAUGUCACAGACAGCGUUGUGACUCCUAUAAGCGCUCCCGCGACUUCGGACUGUAGUGGAAACACGAAUACCAACAACGAUGGCAGUAAUAAUGUUGGUAAUGCUUCCAACAACAGUAGCAAGGUUGGCUGUGGCAUCGGUACCACCAGUGCUACUGGUACCAAUCAUAUCAACAACACUGGCACGUCACCGUGUGUCGGAACAAAUAUUGGCAUCGGAGGUACCACUACGGCCACCGUGAUGGCAGUUGCGUCAGGACUAUCUCCAUUACAACCUACAUCGUCGACUGUAAGUAGCCCUUUUGCGUCCAUCCAAGCAGUUAGUCAAGGACAGAAGGGCAUCUCUCUGGUCACUGCGGGCGGGACCCAAGUCAACAAAAACACACAAUCGCUCGCCAAAGCACCAAUGGAUGCCCAAAUCAUUGGCAUCAGUUCGAUUCUUAGCUCAACUCCAGCUACAACGACAGCUACCGGUAGCAUAAUCAGUACGGUGUCCCCAGCUAAUGUUACAGGAACGACAACAACCACUCCUGGAACUAGUAGUGGUGUGUCCUUACUGGGUAUAAAUACUCCAAAUACAGCCAUGCAAGUUCCAACAAAUGGUGGAGGAAAAUUAGGAAACACUCCAACUAUCAGAAUUAUAAACCAGGGUACUAUCCUAACAACAUCUUCUGCUGUGUCUACGAAUAACUCUAACACUCAGAGUCAAAAUGUGACCUAUGUCCAUGCACUGACUAGACCUCUUGGACCUGGACAACCUCAGCCUGCCCAUGUGGCCACUACCGACAGUAACUGUAUUGUUACCCAAAAUGCACCCGUAGUCUCAACUGGUGUAACUGCAAAACAAGGCAACCAUACUGCAAGUAGUGCUAUGUACAAUUUAGCAAGCAUUGCAGCUGAACGAAAACCAUUAGCGGUACCCCCUAUCACUGUCCAGCAAGCUAAAUCCCUACAGGUAGGCAGUCGGGUUACAGUACGGGAGCAAAUUGAUCAGCGGCAAGAUAAAACAGGUGUGCCUAAAAUCACCACAACACCGAACACGUCAGUGACCACGACGACACCCCUAAUAAAGACAGAUUCCAGCGGAGGUCACGUCCUCAUCAAGGACGUCUCCAAAACAGAUUCUACAUGCACAAGGGAUGCUUUAACCCGAGCUACUACAACAGUGGUCACCGUACCCCAACAGAAUGUUCAUAUCGUCAAAAGCAUGAAUAACUCUAACCUCAUCACUGUGAGUAGGGCCCAAAACCAAAGUGUGGCCGUUGUUCCACCACAGAUCCUUACCACAACACCAACCCAAAUGAGAAUCGUUACAGUGAGCAAUCAAAUUCCAGCAGCCCGAGCACUGACCGUCAACGCUGGAAAUUUAGGCAAAACGACAAAUAGUAGGGUUGGUACAGUUCGUAUCAACCCUUCCCAACCACCACAACAAAUCAGUAUUGCUCCAAGACCGGGAGGAACUAAUGCUAUUACUCUUCCUACAAGUAUCCAACUCCAACCAGGUACUGUGCUGGUCAAAAAUGAUCAGGGUCAGUUGGUCUUGGUACAAGCCAGUCAAGCAAGUGUGCUUCAGCCACAAACCACAACAAACACUGCUGUCCUGCCUGGAAAAUUACACAAUGCCAAGACUGUCACCACCCAAGGUCAACCAAGGCAACAGACUCCAACUAUUCUGACCAUCCAGCAGCCUCAGGGUCAGGUUCCUACCACAACUCAUCACACAGUGUUACGACAUUCGGUGCCUGUAAAUCAUACACCUAUUGUAUCUCUACAUAAUUCUAAUGUCUCAACAGUUAGUCAAACAGCGACAGCAACAACCACUACAGUUCCAGGUUCAGUGCCUGUUACACAGGCUAGUGGAGUUAUACCAGGUCAGAACAGCAAUAUGAUUGACAAUGUAAGAAAAUGCAAGAAUUUUAUGGCUACUCUGCUGAAGUUGGCCUCCAAUCAGCGGCCAGAGACGAUCAUGAAUGUCAGAGAUCUCAUACAAGGUCUGAUUGAUGGGAAAGUGGAUCCUGAAAGUUUCACAGAGAAGCUACAGAUAGAAUUACAGUCAUCUCCACAACCUUAUUUGGUUCCGUUUCUCAAAAAAAGUUUACCCCUCUUAAGACAGUCGCUAUACCUGAACAAGAUGUCCAUUGAAGGUGUUCGGCCACCACCUCAUGAGGUGCUACGCCAGCAGACAGCAUCCCCCAUACCCACAACAACCACUGUAACCUCCACUCGGCAGACUGUCCAGAACCAAACUCAAAACAGGGUCACUCCGCUACCCGUAACAACUACCAACCUAGCAGGUCAGCCACAGGUACAUAGUGUUGUGUCAAGUACACAUCUGCAUCAACCAACGCAGGUGAGCAUCUCCUGCACCAACACUAUGCAUGCCAGGAACAUGAAGAUAAAUCAACCCAAGACUAUUGUAAAACAUCAGAUUUGUCCUGGCAGCCAAGUUGGUCAUGUACAAGUACGGGGACACCCAGGGAAAGUGACGACAACUGCUACAAUGGCCCACACAGUCUCCCACCCUAGUCCGCUGUUUCUCGAGGCUCCCUCCCCUAGUCCGCUGUUUCCCCUCCCUAGUCCGCUGUUUCUCCUCUCCCUCCCUAGUCCGCUGUUUCCCUCCUCCCUAGUCCGCUGUUUCUACUAUCCGCUGUUUCUGCAGUCUCCUCCUAGUCCGCUGUUCUGCAGUCUCCUCCCUAGUCCGCUGUUUCUCGCAGUCUCCCUCCCUAGUCCGCUGUUUCUCGCAGUCUCCCUCCCUAGUCCGCUGUUUCUCGCAGUCUCCCUCCCUAGUCCGCUGUUUCUCGCAGUCUCCCUCCCUAGUCCGCUGUUUCUCCCUCCCCUAGUCCGCUGUUUCUCGCAGUCUCCCUCCCUAGUCCGCUGUUUCUCCUCUCCCUCCCUAGUCCGCUGUUUCUCCUCUCAGUCUCCCUCCCUAGUCCGCUGUUUCCCUCCCUCCCUAGUCCGCUGUUUCUCAGUCUCCCUCCCUAGUCCGCUGUUUCCCCCUCCCCUAUCUCCCUCCCUAGUCCGCUGUUUCUCGCAGUCUCCCUCCCUAGUCCGCUGUUUCUCGCAGUCUCCCUCCCUAGUCCGCUGUUUCUCCUCCCUAGUCCGCUGUUUCCCAGUCUCCUCCCUAGUCCGCUGUUUCUCGGUCUCCUCCCUAGUCCGCUGUCCUUCCGCUGUUUCCUGUCUCCCUCCCCUAGUCGCUGUUUCCCUCCCUCCUAGUCCGCUGUUUCACCUCCUAGUCCGCUGUUCUCCCUCUCCCUCCCUAGUCGCUGUUUCUGUGAUCUCCCUCCCUAGUCCAUGUUUCCUAGUCCUGUUUCUGCAGUCUCCCUCCCUAGUCCGCGCUUCGCUGUUUCUACUUGUCUCCCUCCCAGCUGUUUCUGCCGUCUCCCUCCCUGAUCCGCUGUUUCUCGCAGUCUCCCUCCUAGUCCGCUGUUUCUGUUCGCCUCCUAGUCCGCUCCCUCUCCUCCUAGUCCGCUUCUCCUCCCUAGUCCGCUGUUUCUCGCAGUCUCCCUCCCUAGUCCGCUGUUUCUCGCAGUCUCCCUCCCUAGUCCGCUGUUUCUCGCAGUCUCCCUCCCUAGUCCGCUGUUUCUGUAGUCUCCUCCUAGUCCGCUGUUUCUCUCCCUCCCUAGUCCUGUUUCAUGAUCUCUCCCUCCCUAGUCCACUGUUUCUCCUCCCCCUAGUCCGCUUCCGCUGUUUCUGCCCAGUCUCCCUCCUAGUCCGCUGUUCUACAGUCUCCUCCCUAGUCCGCUGUUUCUCGCAUCUCCCUCCCCUAGUCCGCUGUUUCUGUCUCCCUCCCCCUAGUCCGCUGUUUCUCGAGUCUCCCUCCCUAGUCCGCUGUUUCCAUCCGCUGUUUCUCUCUCCUGUCUCUCUCUCUCUCCUCCCCCUCUCUCUCCCGAACUCUCUCAGUAUAUUUUGCAUAUGUGUUCCUGUCUCCUCUCUUUACUGUGACCAUGUCCCCAAACUCUGUCUCUUUUCCAUAGAGGACGAUGAUAUUAAUGAUGUUGCUACAAUGGGUGGAGUUAAUCUUUCUGAAGAAACUCGCAAUAUUAUGGCUACUAAUGCUGAGUUUAUUGGUACUCAGACCCGGUCGUGUAAGGACGAAUGUUUCCUCUACCACAGUCCAUUGUCAAGUAAAACUAAUGCCAUAGCAAAAAAAUUUGGCAUUGAUGAAGUACCCUCAGAUGUUAUUAAUUUAAUAUCUCAUGCAACACAAGAAAGACUCAGAGAUUUUCUUGAAAAACUAUCAACAAUUGCAGAGCAUCGGUCUGAAAUAUACAAAAUGGAUAGUCGAUAUGAAGUAAAAUCUGAUGUCCGAGCAAUCUUAAAACACUUUGAAGAGCUUGACCGGCUGGAAAAGAAAAGGCAUGAAGAGCAAGAGCGAGAAAUGUUACUAAGGGUAGCAAAGAGUCGAUCAAAACAUGAAGACCCAGAACAGUUAAAGCUUAAACAAAAAGCAAAAGAGUUACAACAAGCUGAAAUGGAGGAAAUGCGACAACGAGAAGCUAAUAUCACAGCGUUAGCAGCCAUAGGUCCCCGAAAAAAGCGGAAAAUUGAGAUGGGAGACACAAGUCAGAGUGGAACGUCGUCCUCACUUACAAAUGGUUUGAAUUCAUCUCCACUUCGACCUGCGAUGUCCCGUCCUAGAAUCAAGCGUGUAAAUCUAAAAGAUUUAAUAUUCUUGAUGGAACAAGACCGUUCUUUAUGUCGGUCAGCAGUAUUGUACAAAACUUUCUUCAAGUUUUUCUUUCUUUCUUUGGCUACUGGUGUCUCUCAAUAUUUGUCAGUUUGCAUGUGGAUUGGACAUUUCUUCUGA